AUGAAGAUGAAGGUAUUGUCUUUGGAGAUAUAGUUUACAAAGAUGAAGAAAACAAUGAGAAGUCAUUGAGGAGCACAUUGAUUGAGAUGGAUGUAUUGAAAAUUGAUGAGAAUGUUUUUGAAGAAAUAAAAGAAUCUCUGGAUGAUUACAAAGAGAGAAAUGUGAUGUUGAUAGCUCAAAUAUGUACUAACAACAAACAUUUGGAGACUCUAUUGGCUGAUGCCUCAUUUGAUCCUGUUGAAGCUUGCACAAGAUUGAAACUGAAAUAUUGUCAUGAAUUUGAAGAGGAUAAUAAAUUACUGAUGUCCGAAGAUGAGUUUUCGGGCAUAUCUAGUAAAACUAGAUCCAAAGCAAAUGGGAGUGGUACUAGUGUGGAGAGUGAUUCGCCAAAAACGCUGGACGAUUGUUUGUCCAGACGUAAACAGCUCCUUCAAAAAUUCAUCUCCGAACGCAGAUCGCUGAACAAAUCUGACCAAGAUUCGUUGUUGUCGGAUUCCGUUGACGCCAAAGAGAGUGAAUCUGUGGAUGUGGCAACUAUGCGGAACGAGUCCAAGACUGCUGAGACACCAAAGUCGAAAAUCAAAAGACUAUUAGAGGCCAUCAAGACUGAAAAAGAAAAAAAACUUGAAACUGAAACUGAUAAUACUACUUCCAAACGAAAAAUUGUAUUCUACCCUGCUGGAGGCGAACGGACCUGUUUCCAACGUUCUGUGAAGAGGAACAAGCAAGUACAUAAAGGCUACCCAGUCCAAUCUGUCAGUUCAGAUGAUGUCUCUCUGAACACGAUCAAUCAUGAAACACCAGUCACACCGAAAAGCGAAUCAUUCCAGCCGAAGAUAACUUCGAGUGCUUCGAAAUGUUCGACAACAGACGACACCGACUUUCUGUCUGAUGGGAAUUUUCAGAGCGAGCCUCAGGCUGAGCUGUCUGAAAAGCACACCGACAUGGAAACGGAAGGCGAUGAUACUAUGUCCACCGAAUCCUCGUUAGGCAACACAUCGACCACCAACAACGACAGGGUGAGCACUCUCAAAAUAAAGCCCCACUGCAGCUGCAAGCAGUGCGAGCACUGGACGAAGGAGGAAAACGUGUGGGAGGACGGACCUAGCAUCCUAAAAAAGGUCUCGAAAAUUGUGCCGAUCAGUCGGCAGCUGCUGUUCAAGGAAGGAGAAGGUGACGAGGGCGAUAACAACGUCAUCUCUCUGGAUUUCGAUUCGAUGACCAAGAUCGAGAAGCGUGCUGUUCCCAAAUUAUUGGUGCACAGCGGCAGCAUCCCGACUCCGGUAAGGAUCCUCUCCAAACUGCCCUUCCACCGGGAAGUGCAUCGCAGCCUCGAGCAGCUCGACUACAAAGUGGCCAAGCUGAUACAGGCCUACGCCUGGCCCGCGCUCUUCCGCAACCAGAACCUCUGCAUGGUGCACGGCCCCAAAACGGGCAAGACGCUGGCUUAUUUGCCUGUCAUGUGCACCUUCGUUCUCGAAAAGGUUGACAGAUAUGAGUCAUUGCUGAACGUGGGAGGAGGACCGAUAGUGAUCAUACUGUGUGCCGAUUCCAAGAAAUGCGAGGAUGUGUACGAUCUGGCUAAGGUUUUAACUAGGCGAAACUGGACAAAAAUUCAGCUGAUUACGUAUCCUAUUGGACAUAUAAAUUCUAAUCACGUCGACAUAGUGAUCACAACCCCUCCAAUCCUGCUGGAAAUGCUCAAAACGAAAACGCUGAACUUCAAACGACUCUGUCAUCUCAUCCUAGAAGACGGCGACGAAAUCCUGAACAGGCACCACGAAGAAACCCGAAAGUUUUUCGAUCUCACCCAAUCGAUGUUGAGCAACCGAGUGUUCUCGAAAUCCGUGCAGCUAAUAGUCUGCUCUGAGCAUUGGAACAAGAAGCUGAGCACUUUGCUGAGGAGCUUAGAGCAGGUGCCUAUGGUGUGCAUCGGGAAUUAUCUGGAGGCGGCUUUGUACGGGAAAAUGGAGUUUUCGAUGAAGUUCAGCAACUCUGCUUGCAAAGAAAGCGAACUGAGAGUUCUGCUCAAGGACACUUACCGGAUUCACAAAUCCGUUAUCGUAUGCAAUGAAAGUGAGAUUGAGGACGUAGAAACCAUUUUGAGGUUGAAAGGAAUCGAUUCCACCGUAGUGUCGGACAGUAUGAGUCUGGAGGAGGUAUCCCUUCGAGAAGAUAUGUGGGCUUUAGCCAAGGGUGGAUGCUAUACAGUUUUGGUAUGCACAGAUUUCUUGUUGAACACAAUGCUGACUGUGACCAAAGCGAACAAGUUGAUACAUUAUUCUCUGCCUUCUUCUUGGACGAAAUUUGUGCAAAGGUUCAGAUGCUUGCUGGAAAAUUGCAAGAGUCCUCUUGAUAAUAACGAGGUGAAAAUAGUGUCUCAGAGUAUCGUUCUUAUUGACGAGACGUCAGAAUCGCAGAUGCAUAAGUUCUUCAGUUACAUAUAUUCCACUGAACUGAAGAAUCAGCUACCAGAAAAAUUACAGAGAUACGCGGAGUCUCUCGUAAACAUCGAGGAAGAAGAAAAACACGAACUCGCUCUUCCUCUGUGCGACAAACUCAAACUGUUCGGCAAAUGCCAGGACUGUCGUUGCCGCAAGAGACACACCCCGAGACCCACCCUCGACUUGUUGGAGCACCUGCCCAAAUCGGGCACCAUCAAAUUCAAGAUAACCUUCCUGCAAGACGUCACCUUGUUCUCCAUCAAACUAUUGCAACACAUCGACAAUCACAACAAAAUCGACGAAUUCGAUGAAAUGACGAACUGCAGCGAAGAUUUGACGAGCUGUUUGAGGAUCAGCAAGAAGAAGUUGAGGAAUCCUGUGGAAGGGCAUAUUUACGCCUACUACGAUUGUGAAGAGAAUGGCUCGUAUCACAGGGCUGAGUUGUUGAGGGUGGUCGAUAAUACUACGGUUAAGGUUAAGUUGAUUGACAAUGGGACUGUUUUGGAGACGUUAGGAACGAGGUUGUACCGUUUGCCGUCCGAGUUUAAAGAGUCCAACAAGCCUAGAGCAGUGAUCGACGCGUAUCUCGCCAACUACAUACCUCCCUUCCAAGACCAAUUCUUCUGCGCCAGGUCCUUCCACCAUUUGCAGUCCAUGCUGGACAAGAUGGACUACCAGAACGUCAUCUUCACCGGCGACGUUCAUCUGCAGCUGGGUAACACUUUGUGGCUGAAGAACGUCUGCCAGCAGGUCGAAUUGUCUGAUAUGGUGGUACCGGGCUGUCAAAUAUCUAGAGAGGUGGCCAGGAAGAGCCUGGUAACGUACAGCAACGACCAACUCUACAAUCUGUACAAGUUGUGCGCAGACGCUGGAAUCGCGCUACCCUCCUACGACAAGAAGCCAACGAGGGGCUCGAAAAGUAGGGGCGAGAAGGUGGUUUGGCAGUGGGCCCACUUGGACGUCGAGGGGGUGAACGAGGUGACUUUUUCGGCUGCCGUGUCACCU